AUGAAUAAUGUCCAAACAAAUGAUUCUUCAGCAGCAACAUCCUCAAAUAAUGACAAAAACAUAACAGCACCUAUGUUUGAACUCACUGGUAUUCAUGGUCGAAUUACGCUAGACAAUGUAUAUCUGAAUGGCCUUCAUGCACUUCGACGCCUUGAACUACGCAAUCUUUCGGACCAGUCGAUUCUAAUCAAAAUAAGAUCCAAUUUGCGCAACCAAAUUGCUUUUCAGUUAGAAAAUGAAAAUAUGCGCAAUGUGCCAGAUACAUUUGAAACAACCAACACUGUCGGCUGGUCUUGUGAAGCUGAAAAAUACCCUUUCAAUCAAUUGUUUAACCUGAUCAAUCAUAUUGACGAAAUCGAAUUGGGGCCAGGUCAAUGUAGACCCAUUGUGCUAGCCUUUUUGCCUGAAAGACCUGAUAGUGCAGAUAACGAAGAUGAUUUUGAUAUGUCAGUGACGGACGAUAGUUCAGAAACAUUCAGUAUGUUUAAUGUCACGGGUAGUCUGUUCUUUUUUGGUUAUUACAACCCAAUGCCUUCUGUAGAAGACGGUUCAAAAGAUGUGUUGUCGACUUCUAGUUUAGCAGACUAUCAGCUCUCAGUCAAAUUCCGAGCAAGUGUAUGUCAGUCAGCCUUGUGGACAGACGCUGCAGAGACAGGCCUCAAUUUUGACGAUUGUGUCUUGGGUGAAACAUAUUCAAAGGACUUUGUCAUACAAAACAGGUCUGAAAUUGAUCUGUAUUGGCUAUUGAACACCAUUGAUCUCUCGAAAUCAGACUGGUUACAGUUCAUAGAUGCUGAAACUAACGAACUUCUUGGCGAUAAACCCAUUUCCAGCUAUUCUAGCAAGCAAAUACGACUGCUGUUUAUGCCUAAAGAAGUAGGCGAAUUUAACUAUGAUCUUCAACUCGAGAAUGCAAAUGAUACACGUAAUGUCAUACAAAUGAAAAUACAUGCCACUGUUCGAUCUGUGCUCAGAAAGGAAACACUCAUUGUGAGCAGUGGCAAUGUGGUCGACUUUGGCGACUGCGUUUCUGGCAGUUGGGCUAUUCAACAGAUUGUGUUAAAUAAUGUCAGCGAAUCACCCGUAGAGAUACGAUUUAUACCAGAAGGUGCGGAAGUGAUCUUUGACAUCAAACAAGACACGACUGUCAUGGAGAACAACAACACAGUCACUGAACGUACAGAGGCCAAUACUCGACUUCAUUCGAUGCGACGUAAGUUUAGUCAUAAUGGGAAUAGUCGCACAGCAGGCUUCAACACACCUGCUACCACGCAUACGACUUUCAGCGAAUUAUCAGCGCCUAACAGUGAAUUAAGUUCAAGGUCCACUUCACCUACGCCUAUUCGUACUCAAAACAUAGAUCAUGAGAGCCCUUAUUCGCCCUUCUUGAUAUCCGAAUCACCUAUCAACUCACGUAUUCAAUUCCCUUCACAGCCACCAACUAUACCUGAAGACUCUGACUCAGAUAUUGGUUUAGGAUUAAUGUGUGUAGAUGGUAGCAUGUUUACUGAAACAAGUUCAGUGUCUGAGAGUGUUGCUGCUACUACUGCUGCUGCUAAUGUUACUGCUGGUACUUCUACUACUACUGCUGCUGCUGCUGCUGCAGGAACACUUGUACCACUCAGUACAGCAGAAAGUUACACUCGUAUUGAAGAUUUGUUGCUCAAGCCAGGUACCGAACGUGUGAUUCAAGUCUCUUAUCGCCCUCAAAAAGACGUCUCAAUCAAUGACUUUAAUGCGGGUCAGCUUAUUCGCCGAAACUUUCGUAUCUUGCUAGAAUACGGCACGUUUCGAACAGAAGAACCCAAGGAGAGAAAAGUGAUACAGUGUAAAGCAAGAACAUGUACUUCCUUUGUCGAAGUGAUUCCUAAAGUGAUUAAUUUCGGUGAUACAGAUGUCGGAACACUCAAAUCACUGCCUAUCAAUAUUUUUAAUCGCUCAGACAUUCUGGCACGUGUGGAGCUUCAGUUUAGUUCCAAGGUGCUCAACUGUUUGCGGGGAGAAAUCACAAUUCAGCCUAGAAGUUAUGUAGAGCUGAAGCUUGACUUGUACCCUCGUAAAGUCAAUCCUGAUUAUCGCAAGCAGAUCACCUUAGUCAACUUUUUAAACAAGGACAACGAUCAAAUUAUUGAAGUCCAUAGUACCAAUAUCGAUAAAAACAGAGUAACGUUCCAUUCUUUAUUUUAUCGUAUUCUUACGGCUACGGGUGCCAAUUUCUUGGACUUUGGCUCGAUUGCUCUCAACUCUCCCUCGCUUCGUACUUUUACCGUGGAAAACAUUCGAGAUAAACCAUUGUCUUUGGAGAUCACCACGUCUUUACCCGAAGAUAUUGCGAUUUAUACGAGAAACAAGAACAGAAAGACAGAGCAUGCCAAUGCCACUGCAUCUAUUACACCCACAGCGACAACAGCAUCUACCACUGCUUCUUCUGCAGCACUAAAUACAGCGUUUGCCAUCACGACAUCGUCUUCUUUGUCCAAAUUAUCCAAUUCAAUUACUGCUGAAUCGAUUGAAAAAGGUGAUGCUGUUGCUGAUAUACCCCCUACUCUCUCUUCAACAGCGCCAUCCAGCAAGCGAAGAAGGUCAAAGCUACUAUUAGAAUCCAUCAGUAACCGACGUAAACCUGCUGUUGAUACCACGACUUUGGAAUCAGAAGCGACAAACACACGGCGUACAUCGGACACAAAGAACGAUUUGAUGGUAGCAAGACGGUUCCGCCACUCUGUGCAACAGCUCAAGAUGGGCCAAACGCACUCUUCUACAGCGUAUUUGGACCUUGCUUUACCACCUUUGCAUUCGCUCAAGUCCUAUCGAAAGAAAAUGGUUCAAAUCAAAUCGGACCCUAACUUUUUGCACAAAGACGAAAAAGACCUCAAGAAGGACAAGACAGAAAGAAAACAAGGAUCAAAAAAGACAAUGACUCUUACCAGUCCUUCUUCAGUACCUGUUGCCAAUGAAUCAGGUCUGGAAAUAACGACUACCAGUCGACUUGAAAACCAAAACAGGCAUCACAAUUAUGGCACACGAAAUGCUAAAACAAAGCGAUCGUUGGGUAUCACAGCAGCUCGGUACAAAUCAAGAAAGAACUUGGACUGGUCUGACAUUGCCGGUAAAUCACGCGUGCCUUUUGAAGAUUUGAUAUCUGUGCUUGAACAUGGAUCGAAAGCAUCUCCUCCUUUGUUCCCCAAACAGUCUGCUGAAGAGCAGUUUGUUCGGUAUCAAUUAGCUUGGCGUCGUGAACUCGGUCGUCUUGUAGAAAAGGGUAUUCUUGUACGUACUUCCAUGGUUGACGUGGAUCCAAAGGGGGAAGAAGAAGUUGUUGUGGUGAUCACACCUUGUGGGACUACAAAACCACAUAUACAAUCUGCUCCUAAAAAACAAGAUGCGCGCAUCUUUUUACGCCUGGUUCAAUUUGAUCGUGAUAUUGAACAAACAGAAUUUGAAAACUUGUUGGACCUUAGUCAGACGGAUAUUCCUGUCCGAGAAGUCAUUGUUCGUUCUCAGUUAUGUCGAUCUGUGAUGGAUUUAGGGCAGAAGAAUAUCAAUUUUGGUCUGGUGGAGCGAAAUGAACGCCAUGCAAAGACAAUUGUGCUGCAUAAUCGUAGUGAAACACCCUUGUUGUAUGCCAUUCGUAAAUCAGGCUCUAUUGCUUCUGGUGAUAUUGAUUUAGACGUGGGUCGAUAUGGUGUUGUCAGAUCUUAUGGUAAACGUGAGGUCGAGUUUGUGUUUGAACCUACUCUGUCUGGUCCAUUUAUGGAGAAAUUGAUUAUUGAAAACAUACGAGACCGUACCAAUGACCAAGUGUUGUUGUUGAAGGCUCAGGUACGAAAGCCUUCUACAUUCUUGAUCAAAUCAUUAGAAAUGUCCUUUGGUCAAUGUGUCAUCGACCAACCAUGCGAACGUACUGAAACCAUCAUUUUGACAAAUACAAACAAGCAAUCACGUAUGUUUGAAGUGCGAGUCGAUCCUAAUGAAGUCAGUUUUGGUCGUUAUUAUGCAGAAUUCGAAUUUGAUGUCAAGGAGGAUGAUACCAACACAAUCUCCAAAGAAGCAGAAGAAGAGAUUGAAAAUCUAGAGCAGAAGCUAAAGAUUGCUCGACGCAAGGCUCAGCCUGACAAAGUCAAAAAAUAUCUUCGAAAAUUGGCCAAACUCAAGAAUCUAGAUGAAGAAAAGGCAGAGUCAAAUGCUGAUGUUGGCAAUCCAGAAGAAGCUGAUACCAAAACAGUAGAGCAGGAAGAUUCUAAUGGCGAUAAUGUAGCUUCACUGACUGCAAGCAACGUCGUGUUUAAAAAGACAUCUGAAAGUGUGGUGUUUCCUCUGGAUCCUCAUGCUUCAAAGACAAUCAGCGUAACAUUUAAGCCUGUAUUGAGACCUUUUCAAACAGAACAAGUGGAAGACAAUCGCAAUCCUUGCGAACCUAUCUCUGUCAAAGGCCGCAUCUUGGUUCAUGAAUACAAAAACACGGAUGUUUGUAAAAGUAUUGUCUAUACCGCUGAGGUCUAUACAGAUGAAGGUGCUUAUAUUGAUGCUUUGUCUGUUGAAAAUGAUGGAGAAAAUACGGUUCCUACUACUGCUGCUACUGCUGCUGCUGUUGCUGUUGCUACCCAUGCACCAUCUACUGCUACUACAACUACUGCGAAUACUACUGCUACGACUAGCGCCGUUGCUGCUGAUACAGUUGAUGCUUCUACCGCCCAUGCCCUCAAACUGGAACGAGACUUCUUUGAUGGUGGUCGUAUUGAAUUGAAUCAGAGUGCUGUGUUUUAUGUCAAGGUGACAAACGAAUCUGACGAGCCUGUUAGUUUCGACUUUGUUGAGACUGAACAACCUUCUGUCUUUGAUUUUGAUGCGUGCGACGAAGCUAAAGAAUUGCAGCCUGGUGAAACCAAAAAGAUUCGCUAUGGCAUUUUACCUCAACAAGUGGGUAAGCAACAAUACAUGUUUUUGUUAAGAAACAAUCGUACGGGAUCACUGCAGCCAUUUACAACGCAAUGUUUGGUUUAUCACAACCAAUAUUUGGACUUCCCUUCGUUAGCCGAUGAAGCCAAUGGUGUGCUUGAUUUGGGCUUUUCAUAUGUAGAUCCAGGAAGCAAGUACUCACAAGUAACUCCCUUGUUGGUUGAGAACACGUCAGGACAAGAUAUCUUUAUUACCUGUCAGAGUAAUUUGUCACAUCAAGUGCUGAUUUUCAUGGACGAAGCAGGUGAACGUGGUCUUGUGGACAUGAUGCCAUUAAAGCGUGGUUGUAUGGCGACUGUAUGGGUAGCAGUUCAACCUAAUCUAUUGACAGGCUACCUUGGUAGCUCUGCUGAUAAGUGCCGUGAACUUGUAGGUGGUAUCAAGUUUUCAAUUUAUGAAAAGCCAGAAGAACCAAAAGACCAAAAAAAUGAUGAAGAGGGCAUGCUUCUGAUGCUUACACAAACUGUCAAGUUUACUUCUAUCAUUGGACAAUCUCAUCUUGAAGUAUCAGAUCGUGUCAUCAACUUGGGAUACACUGAUUUGUUGCAAAAAGAGUUUUAUGGUGCUUUCACUAUCAAGAACAAGUCGGGUGAAUUGCCCUUGGACUAUGAAGUAGAGUGUGCUACUGGCAAUAUUGAACUAGAUCGUCGUGGUGGUACUUUGAAUGGUUGGCGGGGUCUUAAAACAAGAAGGGAUACAGAUAUCGAGUAUUUGAAUACAGAGCGAAAAGGCAGUGUUGCUAGUCUAAGCAUACCAGGCUCAGAUGCAGAUGCACGCCGUGGUUCUUUUGAUGAUUUAGCUACAGUAGCUGCUACCUCCUUGACUCAAAUUACUUUUCGAAUUAAUGCUUAUCGCCAUGGUCUUUUGAACGAAAAGUUGAUUGUGACCAACAAGAGAAACAGUCAAGAAGUCUUUGUGAUUGAUGUUCGUCUGUUUGUGGAUAGCAAAAAACUAGAUGCUUGGUCCCUACCUUCCAAAAAGAUGCUACGUAGUCCUUUAUUGACUCAACAGAGUGGCUAUAUGGAAGAUGAUCAAACAGAACACCGUGAAGCAGACCCCUUACCUAUGAUUAAAUGGGAAAGUCUUUACAUUUGUCCUGCUCCUGAACAAAUUGACCAAGAGACUAGUUUGCAACUGAUGGAGCUACCAGAACAAGAUGCUACACGUCUUUAUGUACGUGAAAUUGAUGUGGCUAACACGUCUGGCCAACCUAUGCAACUGGUUGUGAUGAGUGACAUUGAUAUCACGGCAGGUUUUGCUGUGGAUGAAGAAAAAGUGAAGGAUGCCAUUACCGAACAUAACGAAGGGCUCUUUGUUCAACGUAGUGGUCAACUCUCUUUACAGCCAGGUCAACGUAUCCGUGUUCGACUUCAUAGUCCAUCUGCUGAAAAAUUGGACGAAGAAGGUCGUUCUCUUGCACUUCAAGGCAAGAAUGGCUCACUCAAGGGUAUGAUGGUACUGUAUGAUGCGCGCCAAAACCUAGAAGUACUCGCAUUAGAACUAGAAGCUCUCUUUUGUGUCUCUCACACUGAGUUACUGGUGGACCAUAUUGAUUUAGGCAAGAUUGGUCAUAGUACGUCUUACAAACCAGCCCGUUUUGAGUUUCAUAUCAGCAAUAUGGCAGAUGUGCCUGCUACAUAUGAAAUUCAUGCACCCAACUUUAUCAACUUUACGCCUUUGGAUCGUAAUGGUGUUGCGAUCAAGCAAAAGAUGUUUUAUAUUCCUUCUCGCAAGACACAACGCGUGGAAGGUAUGCUUAUACCCAACGAAAUGCCUGAUCAAACUUCUGGUAUUCAACGGUACAGUGUCCGUAUUGAUAACUUACGCAACAACACAAAUACAAUGCAUCUCCAUCUCAAGUGGUUAAUGACAGUGUUUGAAUUGCGCUUUGAGCGGUUAUCGAGCAAUGGGGAACUUGUAUUGCCUACACUUCACCAUCCUAUUGCUUUGCAGAAUGCUUCAUGUGAUAACUGGUUUGUGGUUCAUAACAAGACAGAUGAUGAUUUACGGUUUGAAAUUGGUGCUGAUAUUACACCUGAACUCAGUCCAUUUGUGAAUUUGGAUGUACUGUCUCGCUAUACAAAUUCACCGCUCAAGGGUGAUAUUGCUAUUGGUCCUCAAGGCAGCAUUGAAGUCAGAGUGAGAGCUUCGCCUAAUGAAAUGUCUCGAUUGCCUCGUCAUCGCCCUGAACUGACAGAUGCCUCAGGUAUUAUCAUGGCCAAAUUAUGGGUUACUACUUGCCCUAUAGAAGAAGACGAAGAAGAAUCAAGAUCAAGAGAGGUGAUUCCUGUUCGCUGUAUGUUGGAAGAAACAUCUACGUUUGCUCUUAGUGAACGUCGUUUAGAUUUCAAGCUAGUGACUUAUUAUCAAGACAACAGCACAGAGACUAAUCUUACGAAUGCUGUAUGUAUGCCAGAGAGCUGUCCCCUCACCAUCAUCAACCAUGCUGCCAAAGUACCUCUUCGCUUCCAGAUUACAAUAGAAGGUCCUGCAGAGUUCCCUGCUCAUGAAAUUGUGAUGAUUUCUGGCUUAGAUCAAGACAUGAGAGGCAUAGUGGAUCCUGGCAGCACACUCACACUCUCCAUUGCUAUUUCAAAUGCUAAAGAAAGUAUGCCUGGACAACUCAAAGUUCAUGUGGAUGAUUUAGAUGCUCUAGGCGAAUUAAGACAGACAGUCUCUAUUUAUUUAACAGAAAUUGUAUGGGAUUUGUAA